AGGUUGAGGGGGGGUUGUGGGGGUCAACACCACCAAUCCCCUGCGCCCCUUCCCUGUGGCCGUGCAGGUACAUGCACACGGGAAGCUGGAAGGGAAGCUGCCAUGAGGGAGAGUAUCUGGGGUGGGGUUGGCCUCUCAAGGUACGCCCCUUUUCACCAGCCGCUCUUGCUGCUGCAGAUGAUGUCUGUUCACUGUCCUUCCUGCACUUGCAUGCUUUGGCUUCCCGUUUCUCCCAAUGCUAGGCCUGUUGAAAGCUCCCCUCAAACUUGUUCUUCUGCUUCUCCCUUCUGCCCCCCUACCAGGUCACUUGGCAUCACUUGAAGACUGCAGCAGAGGAAGCUGAGAAGCUGACAGCAGCAGCAGCAGCAGCAGCAGCAGCAGGGGCUGGGUGGUCAAAGGGCAGGCUAGCAGGCUAGGAUAAGGAGUGGGGGAGGUAUGGUACCAGGUCAGGUAUGGUUGGUCGCCUCACCUCUCUGUUUCCGCCCUUCCUUCCUGCAGCAUGCAGAUCUGGAGCCUUGGAGCAAGGGCGGGAGAAUGGAGCAAGGGCAGGAGAUUGGAGGCCACCCUCUCUCUCCUUCCCCCCUCCCUUCCCUGCAGCAGCGUCGUCUGCUGGGGAGAGUGCAGUCCCCAUCCCUCCCUCACCUCCCCAUCCCCCCUCCCUAGCGGUUGCAGCAUCAUGGUGCUCCAUUCGGCUAUGUGGAAAAUGCGUGGCACGGCAGUCGGUGCUCAAGUAACAACACUGGCGUAUCGUAUAAUGGAACCGGCCAGAGCCGUGCGCGCCGGCUCUGGUUGGGAGUCCCCUCCUACGACGCUUCCGUCACGGGAUUUGAGUCUUGGGCCGCCCGUGCAUUUUCCACUGCCAUGCUCGCAUCACAAGGCCGAGCCAUGGGGGGUGCUGUUUCCGAAGGGGAGUGAGUUGUAUGAGCGGCAAUCGAGGCGGCUGCAACCACCAAUGUAAGCUGGGUGAGAGGGAGUUGAGAAAGGAGGCCUGAAACCGCCAUGGUAACUCGAGUGAGGAGCAAGGCAGGGCGGCGACAAUCACCAAUGUAAGUCCAGUGAGAGGGAGUUGAGAAAGGGGGCCUGAAACUCCCGGGGUAACUCGAGUGAGGGGCAAGGGAGGCGGCUGCAACCACCAAUGUAAGUUGGGUGAGAGGGAGUUGAGAAAGGGGGCCUGAAACCCCCAGGGUAACUCGAGUGAGGGGCAAGGAAGGGCAGCCGCAACCACCAAUGUAAGUUGGGUGAGAGGGAGUUGAGAAUAGGGGACUGAAACUCCCGGGGUAACUCCAGUGAGGGGCAAGGGAUGGUGGCGGGAACCACCAAUGUAAGUUGGGUGAGAGGGAGUUGAGAAGGGGGACCUGAAACCCUCGGGAAAACUCGAGUGAGGGGCAAUGGAGGAGCAAAGGAGGGGCAGUGUAAACCCCACGGUAGUGUGGGAUGAAGCCUCUCGAUUGCCUUCCCCCGUCCCAUGUCUUGCCCCCGUCCUAGGGUAAGUUGAGUGAAGGGCAAAGGGAGGGGCCUGGAACCCCCACCCAGGGUUAGUUGAGGGAAGGCCAAAGGGAGGGGGCUGAAACCACCAAUGACGGUCCAGUGACGGGGAGCUAAGAAAGGGGGCCUGAAACCCCCGGGGUAACUGGAGUGAGGGGCAAGGGAGGGCGGCUGCAACCACCAAUGGGCAAUGGAUGGGGCAAAGGAGGGCCGGUGGAAACCCCACGGUAGUGUGGGUUGAAGGUGGGAUCAAGGCAGGGAAGGGCGGAUGGGACCCCUGGUGUAAGGCUUGCGAGGGGUAGGGGGGGAGAGGGGGGUUGGAACCACCAGGUUAAGGCGAGCAAGGUGCAGAGGGACCCCCCUCCUCUUCCUUUGGUUCGUUAUUCGCCAACGGUGUCUCACGUCACUGACUCUGCGAACUUUCUGUGCCGAACGUUCCUGUGAGGGAAAUUUGCCCGCCAGCCCCCUGGAGGCUUCCGCGUGGCGAGAAAUCCCUUGGCUCUCCCACCAGUUCCCUCCACGGCUCCCCUCCCCGCAUCCCACGCCUUAUCACUUAUGCUAGCUUCUCCGCGCCAGCCGAGAUUAUCCUGCCGUGUAUGAUUGUUGCAGCGGAUAGUGUGCGUACUGCGUGAAGACGUAGUUGCUUGCUUAUGUUCCUGUUGAGUUCGGUGCUCUUGACAGUGGAACGCCCACUAGUACCAUACUUGUACCCAGGAUAGAUACUAUCCGGAAUGGGCGAUCUGGAUUGGGCGUUCUCCAAACAGGAUUUGUUUUUUCUG